CAAAACAAAAUCAAAAUCACAUGCCUUUUCAGCUAAACACGACACAGUUCAUCAGCCCCCUUUCAAGAUCUCACAAAAUCUCAAAUCCCCCACCAUUUUUCUCCUCCUACAUGGAUUAAAAUAAAACAAAAAACGAAGCAUCCUCGUUAGCUUCAUCUUCUUCACUCCUUUUGUCUUUUUCCCUCUGAAUCUUUGAUCCGCCAUGGCUGAGCUCUGACACCCAUCAUCGCAGCUGCCUCCCACUUUCCUCUUUCAAUCGAUUUAUAUAUAAAUCCAUCACUCCCACUCACUUCACUCACUUAAAAUCAAAUUCAAUUCCAUUUUCAUUUCUUGAUUUAGUAAUUCCUCUGUUCUUGAAGCUGCUUCAAUGGCGGCGGCGGCGGCGGCUCUGUCAUUUUCCCCUUUUCAUUUGGAUGAUGCUGCCUCGCCCAGAAUGCUGAAGGAUUUUCUUCAGGAAAGUAAUGGAAAUGGAGAAUCGAAAACGGCGUCGUUUGUUAAGAGGAUCUCGUUUCCGUCGCUGAAAUUGCGAAGGAUUCUUCCGAGAAGCCUUUCGCGGAGGCUGUCGGGGAUGAGAGAGAGAGAUGAGAGAGAAACCGGCGACGAUUUCGUUGUUAAAGUGAAGGACAUUAUUCGGUGGAGAUCGUUUAGGGAUUUGGUCGACGAGACGGCGGAAAUGGCGGUUUCGCCGCUUGAUUUCGCUGAUUCGCCGGGUCGUUAUACGGCCGCCGCUACUACUACGACGACCACGACGGCAACUAAUAGCAACAGUUCGAGUUGGUGCGAGAGCGAUUUCACGGCGGAGGAUUUGCCGUCGCCGUCGUGGAAAGGUUGCUCCGACGACGAUGAAGCGGGGAAAGUAUAUUUCUCUUGUGUCGGUGAAGAUUCGUCGGAAACGCCAGUAACAAACUCAGAAAACGACAAAAAGGUAAACUUAUUAUCUAUUGACAACAAAGUCGAACAAAGCGUAAAAGAGCGACUAUUUCAACAUAUCGAUGAAACAAUUUCAUUAUCACGAAGUUACAAGUUAAUGGAGCUGUUUCAACAAGAACGUCCGUAUUAUCGAGAAAGUGAAGACGAUGAAGAACGGGAUAGAAGUUACAAGUUAAUGGAGCUGUUUCAACAAGAACGUCCGUAUUAUCGAGAAAGUGAAGACGAUGAAGAUCGGGAUAGAAACAAUAGCAUGGGAAAAGUUAAAGAAGACGGGAAUGAGUUGUUUCGACGAGAAUUUUCGUACCAACAAGAAAGUGAAAGCGACGUAGAACGAGAUAAUAAUAAUAAUGGGACAAUUGGCAUGACGGGAGCUGAAGAAGAUGAAAAUGAAUUCUCGUGUUAUCAAGAAAGUGAACACGGUCGAGAACGAGAUAAAUCGAACCGAAAUGAUUUUGGAUGGAUUUUGUCACAAAAGGGAAAUGAAAAUGUUUGGAGAGAGAUGGAGAGAGAAGGGAAAUGGGGAGUGUUUGGUAACGAGGAGAGAGAAGAAUUGGGAUUAGAAAUUGAAGAGGGGAUUUUUGGAUGUCUGGUUGAUGAAAUUAUGCUUGAUAUUUUCCAAUUAUCACUAUAAUUAUUUUUUUAUUUUAUUUUA